AUGCUCUCCGCCGGGGAACGCCCCCAGCCUCCGCACGCUUCCAAAGUAGACUCGACCUCAGUGCCCGUGAGCAAGGCGCGCAUCAUGCCCGAUCUCACCAACGGAGCCUCCACCCUGCACGACCAGUCCAAGAAUACGCAAAUGCAACACAUCUGGGUGGUGACCGGACCAGCAGGGUGUGGAAAGAGCACAGCCGGAAACGUCUUGCGCACCCACCUAGGCGUCCCAUUCCUAGAAGGCGACGACUACCACCCAGCCGCCAACAAAGAAAAAAUGGGCCAAGGCAUCCCCCUAACAGACGCAGACCGCUGGGACUGGCUCAUCUCCCUCCGCCAAGCCGCAAUCGAGGCCCUCUCCCCCUCGGUAGCAAACAACAGCACACCCCCAACUGGCGUCGUAGUAGCCUGCUCAGCGCUAAAGCGAAAGUACCGUGACGUGAUGCGCGUCGCCGCCUACGGCUCGCCCAAUGUGCAGAUCCACUUCGUCUACCUCAAGCUCGAUGAGGCGGUCCUCCUGCAGCGUGUGACGCAGCGCCAGUCGCACUAUAUGAAGAGCAGUAUGGUGCAGUCACAGCUUGCUGCGCUGGAGGAGCCGAAGGGCGAGUGGGAUGCUAUUACUAUCAAUGUUGAGGGAUCUGUGGAGGAUGUGCAAAGGAAUGUUAUUCAGGCUGUUUCGGAGAAACUGGCUGAGUAUGAAUGA